CAAUACACUGCACAGUACAGCUAUAUUCUUAUUGCGGUUUCCUCUCUUUUCCCCCGCUACGACGGGUUACUACUUGGCUCGGAUCUCGCAUUGUUCUUUUCGAACCUGCUACUAGAGGGAAGAUGUUACGAUCAUCAACAUAUCACCAUCAUGGUUAUGCUAUGGCGCUCUUGGGGUGGGGGGUUAUUUUUAAGGGAGUGCUGAUUUCGGGAUUACUUUUUGAUUUUCUGCUGUUUUUGUGUUUGCUUUUUCAGUUGGCGAUGAGGGUUUUGCUUUUUGGUUUGGAUUGGAGGGGGAUUGCAUUUGGGUUUCUGUUGGAUUUUAACUGGUCUCGUUUGCGUUUGGUUUUUAGCUUUGGUUGGGGGAUGGGGUGGGGUUUGGUUUUGACCUUGGUUUUUUUGCUUUCGCUCACUGGAUGAGCUGUCUGUCUGUUUUCCUUCUUUUUUCUCUU